ACUGGUCAAGAGUAUUUGAGGCUUUUGCUGAGAUUUCAAUAACUUUGAGGGAAGCAGACAUUUUUCUUUCUAGGGGGCGCACUUUUGGAGUGGGGGAUUAUUAUCUGAUGAUGAAACCAGCUUUGCUCGCACUGUUUGUGUGUUUGUCUUCUGUUCUCUUCUCUUCUUCUUCUUCUUCUUCUCUCAGGUUGGAAGGUCAAUCAAGAUUCCAUACAGGCAGGUGAUCUGAAUCUACCAAGCCUUUUUCAGUGUGUCCUGUGCUUCAUUUCUAGAGCUGGGUUUGUGGUAUUUGUGUCAAAGAAGGGAUUUUUGGGUUGUGGGUUGUCUCAAGAAGUGGUAAAGGGGGGAUUAUUUGGUGAUUCUGAAUGGGGGGGUUUCAGUUCUUUGGCUGAUUUAGUGGGGUAGUGGAUGGGAUUUAAAGGGUAGUUGGGAGAUUCCAAGAUUUGAUUAAAGGGGAUGAAGGGGAGGUUGGUGGGAGGUAAAGUUGGGAUUUUUAUGGGGAUUUGAUGUUAUCUGAGCUUGGGAUUAGGGUUUGUGAAAGAUGGGAUUAGAGGGUGAUGUUGUAAAGGUGGAGAAGGUGGAGGCUUGGGAUGUGGGAAAAUCAAAGGGGAUGAUGAUGAAGAAGAAGAAGAAAGAAGGAGGGGAGUCUGGGGAGGGCACUGGGUGCUGGUUUAAACUCAGGUUUAUUGGUAGCUGUAUUUCUUCAAGAUCUAAGGUGGAUAACUCCAUCAGUGGCAUCAGUGCUCGCUGUGCAGAAAGUAAAUCGACAAAUGAUACGAGCAUAGGCCAGGCAGUAGCUCCGGUUAUUUCAUCCACCACUACGAGUAACGCGGAAAGCAAUGCAUCGACCUCCAAACUUGAAGAAGAACUUAAAGUCUCGUCUUUGCUUCGAAAGUUCACGUUUAACGAUCUUAAGUUGGCAACGAGAAAUUUUAGACCGGAAUCCCUUCUCGGAGAAGGGGGUUUCGGCUGCGUAUUCAAAGGGUGGAUCGAAGAGAACGGCACGGCACCGGUUAAACCCGGGACGGGACUUACUGUUGCUGUGAAAACGCUGAAUCAUGACGGGCUUCAGGGUCACAAAGAGUGGCUGGCCGAAGUGAGUUUUCUCGGUGAUCUCAUCCAUCCUAAUUUAGUUAAACUGAUUGGUUACUGCAUCGAAGAUGAUCAGAGGCUUCUAGUUUACGAAUUCAUGCCUCGAGGAAGUCUGGAGAACCAUCUCUUCAGGAGGUCUUUGCCUCUUCCGUGGUCUAUCAGGAUGAAGAUUGCUCUCGGUGCUGCUAAAGGUCUUACUUUUCUUCACGAGGAAGCUCAGCGGCCAGUCAUAUACCGUGAUUUCAAAACAUCCAACAUAUUACUAGACGCCGAUUACAACGCCAAGCUUUCUGACUUCGGACUUGCCAAAGACGGUCCCGAGGGCGAUAAGACGCAUGUCUCUACUCGUGUCAUGGGAACAUAUGGUUAUGCGGCCCCGGAAUAUGUAAUGACAGGGCAUUUGACAUCGAAGAGUGAUGUCUACAGCUUUGGUGUAGUGCUUCUUGAAAUGAUUACAGGUAGGAGAUCGAUGGACAAGAACCGACCCAACGGGGAGCAUAACCUCGUGGAAUGGGCGCGGCCCCACAUUGGCGACAGAAGGAGGUUUUAUCGGCUGAUAGAUCCUAGGCUGGAGGGGCAUUUCUCGAUAAAAGGCGCCCAAAAAGCAGCGCAAUUGGCAGCCCGGUGCCUCAGCCGAGACCCGAAAGCCAGACCUAUGAUGAGCGAGGUUGUCGAGGCGUUGAAGCCGCUGCCGAACCUCAAGGACAUGGCGAGCUCGUCCUACUAUUUCCAGACCAUGCAAGUCGACCACCGCAUCGGGUCGAGCCCGAACGCGAGAAAUGGCGGCGGUGGCGGCAGAGUGCCGCCCCCGUCGUUCGCCAAGAACGGUGGCGGACAGCAGCAGCACCCGAGGAGCCUGUCGAUACCAAACGGCUCCUCACUUACUUCCCCCUACCAUCACCAUCAGUUUCUGCAGAAUUCACCAAAACCAAAUGGCAAAGCUUAGAAUUGGAUUGGCAGUUGACUCAUCUCCACCAUUCUUUAUCUCUCUCUCUCACCCAAAUUAUGAAGAUGCCUUUUGUUUGGCCAGCUGGCAAAGGAAGAAAAUCAGGUUUUAUUUUUUUCUUUUUCUUUAAAUUUUCUUUUCUUUAAAAAAAAAAAUCUGUUGAGACUGGUGAACUCCCCCUGGAAAUGAUUGUAAUGUAAGCAGAGCUAAAGUGUCCAUGGAGUAAAUAUUUUGUAUGUUAAUAUAUGAGCUCUCAUGUGGUGAUUCUCCUCACCUUA